AUGGACCACCAAGACAACUCGCCACCCAGAUACAGGAACUCUGGCUCUAACAGGGCCACUGCAUAUAACAGUACUACCCUGCCUACGAUGCCCAAGAGCGCCACACCCACAUCGAGUUCGACGACUGUUACCACGCAUUUGCACAAUAUCAAAGAAGAGGAGGCAAAUGAUGACGAACUCACCCAAAUAGAUCGUUCUUCGCCUCGUGUUUUAGGAAGAAUCUCGUCUUCAUCUUCGUCUUCGUCCAAUAUCGAUCUGCACGAUAACUUGGAUAUGCUACACGAUAUGGAUAAAUCAGCCACCAACCUCUCACUAUCCACUCCUAAUUUACAUGAAGAAAUGGGCUUCCGUGGCGACAAAGGUAAUAGUAAGGAAGAACUGACUUUGUUGCCACCUUUACCCCACACGGGAGAAUUAGAAAUUGCUCCAAAAUUUGAUAUCAAUGAAGCCAUUUUUGAGCAGGAUGACAUUAGUCAGUCCUCAAUGUUGGAAACAGAAAAUGUAAUAGCGAACCUAACGAGCUCUACUCCAGAUGCUACUAGGAAAUCACAGGAUUUCGCCAUUAUGACGCAUGACAACAACAUGACUGCUAACGACAAUUCUGAAUUAAGUGAUACAAUCCUAGAUAAUCAGACCUCGUUCGAUCUUUCUAAAGCCCUGGAGAUGACCAGCCAUUCAAACAUUCGCAAUAUUAUUAAUCCCGGUUCCGAUGGAAGAACCUCAAGAGCCUCAAGAACUCCGAUAAGCACUGCGACAUUGAAAACAUAUUCUUCGUCACCUGCCAGUGGGGAACAUGACGAAAACACAACUACAUUCUCCUCCACGUCCGAUCAGGCGGCUACCAUACUGUAUGAUCCUAAUAAAAUCCUGAAUCCCAUCCCGGUUUCACCUUCUUCUCCCUAUGAGCAACAUCAGAGCGAUAGAGCCUCGAGAGAUAGAAGUAGAUCUAAUUCUAGCACCUUAGCUUCUACUCUGAGAGAUACUAUCAUUUUAGGAUUGCCCCAAAAUAAUAGCACUGUAGAAAGAAAGCUAUCAAGAAAAUUGAGUAAUUUGAGUAGGAAAAAUACAGGAACCUUUGAAGAACGUCUUCAAUCGUUACCGCCUUUAAGUACCGAAAAUUCAAGCGAGUACGCCAUGGCAGCGUCCAUAGAUAUCAUCGGCUUACAACCUCCUGCCAUAUCCACGCCAGUGCCAAGUACCCAAACACCAAUACCAUUCCAAUCCGAAUCUGCUUUGACUAGCGAAGAAAAGAAAAUGCCUUUUUUGAGAAGAGCCUCUAGUGCCAUUUUAAGAAAAAAAUCUGUCAAGAACGGCCCCAGUUUAACUAGACCAAAUACACCAACUUUACCAUCGUCUCAAACGUUCGAUUCGGGAUCAACAAAUGGUCAGCAUCCCUUGCUAAUUCGACGAUCUUCGAAUAUUGAAUAUAAACAACCAAGAAGACAGCUUUCAUGUUCGAAGUCUUAUUCUCGUUUGGAUUCCGAUACCAAGUUUGCUAACAGUAGUCGACCUUCCAAGGAAGUUUUACGAACCACUUCGAACCAUGUGGAGGAGGUAUAUAGAAAGAUAUCUCUUGGCUCUAAGAUCAAGAGAGGUUUCACUAGAAUUUUAAGCGAUAGUAAUAGUAGCAGGGACGCUCUCGCUGCAUCGCCCAAAAUAGCAGUAGCAGGAGGAACCACAGCAUCUCCUUUGUCCCCUAUAUCCACUGUAAGAAGUAGUCCGAUAACGCCAAGCCCUAAUGAAAGGAAACGAGUUUCAACGGAUAGCGUAAGUUUGGUCAACCGAACAUCAACAUCCUACCCAAGGUCAUCAGCAGAUAUUAUUCCUACACUACACGAAGAACCCCAGGCUAACAUUCCAAAAAGAUCAGCAAGUAGAAAUAUGCUGUCUAGAAAUCUUAGCAGGAAGAACAUUUUGUCCGAACAGGAAACCAAGGGAAGUGAAAUAUAUCUGGACAAAGAGGCGUUACAAAACUUAGUCCCGGUGUUUUCUGUCACAGAGGACACCCACCACAUCAACCGUUCGUCUUUACAAACGCAGUCCACUAUCAAAUUGUGCAUCGACAACCUAAGAAAUAAAGAAGGCUUGAGAUUGGAUGUCAAGGAAUACGUGGACAUCUUGAGCCAGCAACAACGCAAGGAAGAUGAAAGAUAUGCCAUUUUGGAAAAGAAGUUCGCGUCUUGUGCGUGGUGUAGCGAUAAAGAUCUCCAGUACUUGAAAAAGAAACGAACUUCUAUGAACAAAAUAUGGUCUGAUUACGUACGAUUUUACCGUGGAAAGUUAAACAGCCCAUAA